UAUAUAAUUUAUAAAAAAUAAGUGAUGUCAUGUCGAUUCGGACUAAAAUAUUAAGUGUUGUGGAUACCAUUUUACGAGUACCACCAUUAUUUGUGAUUGAUGAACUAUUAAAAAUUGGGUUAGGUUUACCAUAUAUCACUGAAAAUGAAAUUGAUAUUACUGAUACCAUUGUGGAACCAUACGAAAAUGUUACAACGAAAUUCAAUGAUCAUUUUCAUGCCAACACGAAUGAGGCAACUUUUUAUAGUGUGAUCUUUCUAACAUUGUUACGAUUUGGAUUUUGUUGUUUAGCAUGUAUGGCUGCAUUAUGCGUGUUUACGCUAACAACAAAACACCUCAUGAUUGUAUACAUGUACCUAGCAUCAGUGGGCCUAAUAUUUAUAUCGUAUUGGGCGAAUGUAAGCACCGUAAAAAUAGUAAUUAGUAUAUUAGAAACAAUGGACGUAUCAAAAACAAGUUUACUUGAAGAUUUACUAUCGUUAAAUUUUGAACAACUAAUGGAACCAGCUGGUUACGCUUCAACCAUUAUCCAAAAUUGUAUUAUCCAAUAUUUAUUAGGAACAUUUUUCUCUUAUAUCUAUAUCGGUCCCAGAUAUAAUAUUAUCCAAAAACUAUUACCCAUAUCAUUUAUGGCUCCAUCCUUAUUAAGUGUUUUACCAUUACCAGAAAUGGUUUUGUAUCAUACUCCCGUUUUUGCAGCCCUAUUACCUUUGGCAAUUGUAAAAUUUAUAAUAUGGUAUUCGGUGUUUAGUAUUUUUCAAACAUUAUAUGGUGGAUAUCAACAUGCUCGGACAUUUAUCACAAAUUAUGGUCUUUCGGCGUUAGUUGAAACAGAAUGGUUACGCUUAAAUGUACCAUGUGUUUUGCGAACAUUCUGGUUUUUACGAGCCUUGGAAAAUUGUUUUUCCUUUGCCAUGUACAAAUUUGCUGCUGAUUCCACGUAUAAAUUAAUGGAUAUGCAAGCAAUUUUGGAGCUAUUAAAAAAUGUUAUGGUUUCUGGAUGUGAGACUCUAACAGCUGUACUUGGUAUGGCAAGCGUUGUAUCAUUUAUUUGUCACUACUUUGGAUGUUUCUUCCAAUGGAUUUUACUCACUGAAGAUGAAGAUGACAAAAGUGUUGGAACUGUUGCCGCUAUUUUAUUUUAUAUACUUGCAUUACAAACAGGAUUAACUAGUUUAGAUCCAGAAAAAAGAUUUAUACGCUUAUGCCGUAAUUGUUGUUUAAUGUUUACGGCCCUAUUACAUUUUAUCCAUAAUUUAGUGAAUCCAUUAUUAAUGAGUCUAAGUGCAUCGCAUAAUCCAGCACUGCAUAAACAUCUUCGAGCAUUGGGAGUUUGUGUAUUUUUGAUAGUUUAUCCACUAAUUUUAUUAUUCUAUUUAUGGGGACAUUUAAAAAUGUCUACAUGGUUAUUUUCCGUCACUGCAUUUAGUAUCGAAGUUAUUGUGAAAGUAUGCGUUUCGUUAAUGAUCUACUCUCUGUUUCUAAUCGAUGCCUAUCGUGUCACGUUUUGGGAAAAGCUCGAUGACUACGUAUAUUAUAUACGAGCUUUUGGCAAUACCGUACAAUUUAUGUUUGGAAUAUUUUUACUGUUUAAUGGAGCAUGGAUUAUUACGUUUGAAUCGGGUGGAGCGAUUCGUGCAAUUAUGAUGUGUAUUCAUGCAUACUUCAAUAUUUGGUGCGAAGCCAAAGCGGGAUGGUCUGUGUUUAUGAAACGACGUACAGCGGUGAAUAAAAUUAAUAGUUUACCUGAAGCAAAUUUAGAACAAUUGGUGAAAUUGAAUGAUGUAUGUGCGAUAUGUUAUCAAGAAAUGAAGAAUGCAAAAGUUACGAAGUGUAAACAUUAUUUUCAUGGCGUGUGUUUGCGUAAAUGGUUGUAUGUGCAAGAUCGAUGUCCUUUAUGUCACGAAAUUUUGUAUAAAGUUGAUAAUAAUGAGUUAAAUAAAGAUGAUCAACAACAUCAGCCUGGUGAAGGGGGUGAUGGGGAUGAAGCAGCUAAUGGAGAUGUGGCGGACUUGGAAGAUGAUUUUCAUGAAGAACCAGUUCUAGAUCCUCUAUUAAAUGAAUUUGUAAUCGAUUAUAAUGACGAAAAUAUUCCUUUAAUCGAUACAAGAUGAUUAUCCUAAAUUAAUUGAUUAGUUUGUAUAUAUAUUGAAAUAACUUCCUACUCAAAAUAGCCUUUUUUGUGAGAUUAUGACGUUUUUUGGGUACAAAUAAUUGGGAUAAAUAAAUAAAAUUUUCAUUUUAAUAAGAAAAAAUGUUAGUUUAAAAAAAAUUGUGUAGUCAGGUGGAGAUCGGCGUAAAAACUGGGAUAUGCUAGGAAGUUUUGGAAAUGUUAAAGAGUCUCGAAAUUUCAUCACCUUUAAUUUUAAUUAGAAAAUCUAGUUUUUUUCGUUCAUCAUAAUUUUGAGACUUGAAAUAUUAUUAAAAAUAUCAAUGAAUUUUAUUCUCAGCCAAGAAAAUGAUACAAAUAUUUUCCGAGAUUGAACCCUCACGACUUGAUCGUUUAUAAUAAAUGUAAAAAUUUCUUGAGACUCAGUUUGAUCGCCACCCCAUGUAGAAAAAUUAAAAAUUAUUUGGUUAGUUUUUCGUAAAAUGAAAUAGUUUCUUCAAAUUUAUGUAGAUUCUCUAAAAGGUUUCGAAACUUUAUAGUAAAUAUUUUAUUGUAAUUUUAGUGACUUUAAACAAGUAUGCUGCUAAUUUAACUAAGGCAAGGUAUUUUACUUGCUUUUACCCAUUUUCGUACAGCUUUGCGAACUUCCAAGCAGCAUUAACAACAAGGAUUAACAAAUUAGUGUCCAUAUUUAAGAAAAUUUAUGAUACUUUAUCUAAUGGAAGAAGACAAAGCGGGAUAAAAAUAAUUAUUACAUACGAUAUUUCAAAUUGUUAUAUAACAUGAGAAUUUAUACACCCUCGUCGCCAUAGUCACAAAAUCGGUGUUGAGUAGUAAUAUUAAUUAAUUAGUGUGUAUAUAUAUUAUAAAAUAAUUAAUUAGAUUUUAAUUUGUCUCAAAAGAAUGGUAAGUUUUUUUAUUAAGAUUCGUGCGGUUUUAACAUGACGCCUCUAAAUUUAUUUGGAGUUCUGUUGAUAGUAUUUUCCACAAAACUGGAGAUGUUCGAAAAGUCGAAACAAUUUGGUUGGAAAAAUAUAAUCGUUAUUCCCUACUCUUUAAAUGAAAACUGUUAAAAUUCGCUUGUAUCUUAUAAAAAAAAAGUUCUAUUGGUUCAAUGACAUCUCUUAUGUGAUAAAGUAACUAUUUAUUGAAUAAUUUUUAUUUUUUAUUUAAAUUUUUUCAGAGUCUAAACAAUUUUAUUUAGGAAUGUUUAUUUUAUUCAAAUUCGCUUAUUUUGUUUUAACCCUUCAGGCGGGUUGUCUUUCGUACCACAAUCCUUACUUUUGUGAUGAGAGAAAAUCUCACUUUAUUGCUGAAGCGCCAAGAGUGAAAUUUUAAACUUGAGUAAGCGCAACAUUUCAAACUUGAUAAAGUAAUGUCAGAUUAUAGUUCUAGUAGUUCUAGUAAUUUUUAUAUUUGUUAACAAAGAAUGAUAAAUUGUAUCAAUGAAUGUGUGAGUAGAAGAUAAAAAAACGAUUGGAUUGAUUUUUAAGUUAAAAGAAAUUAAUGAAUUAUUGUUAUUUUUCAAAACUCUGUGAUUAAAGUAUUUGAUUUUGGAAUCUACGGAAAUAGCCGAAGUAUAAAGAAGCCAUCCGAAUGGCGGCUUUUGUUUACCGACUUUACUGAAGUUAAUAAAUAUAUUUUUUGCUUUAUAUUUUGAUUUAAAAAAAUACUGAAAAGUAAGAAAUUCCAUUUAAAAUAUUGAAGAAAAAAAACGUGUUAAAAUAAGGAUGAUAAAAUCUUCCUUCAUGACCGUUCUGAAGGGUUAAAAUUUAGACACAUUUCUGUAUUUGAUACCAAGGUGCAGAAUUUGAAAAAAAAGGUAGAAAAUAAUACGGGUAUUUGUAGAAAAUUUGGAAACAUCCCAAAUCCCAUCCGAAUAAAAGAGACUUUAAAAAAUUUUUUCAUAUCAUCUUUGCACCUUGGUUAUAUGAACAAUUUUCUAGUCCGUAAUUUAAAAAAUUAUGGAAUUAUGUUUUGAUUUCUGACUGUAUAUAGUAAAAAAAAACAAACUGAAAAGGGUAUGUAAUAUUUAAAGUUAAUUCAGUUUGUUCUCUGUUUUAAUAUCACUUGGUUUUUUUUGUUGUGAUUUUAAAACAAAGACACAAACUGUUCAAUGUUUACAAUAUUAAUUAUAUGUAUAAGAUGUUGUGUAUAAAAACGCCUAAUAUAGGCGCAAUUAUGGCCAAAUAAAUUGUUUAAAAAAGUGGUCGACAUAUUUUGUAAUAAGUUCUCUUGGAAUGCGGUAAAUUUUAGGGAA